AUGGAUGUAUUUAAAAACCGAGUUGUUUGGCCGACUUCUUGGGGGCCGGUACCAGUAAGAAGAAGGAUUCUUCCUGCUGCAAUACACAGUUUAACAUUCAAAAUUGAUGGGUAUGGUUGUACCAUUAAGCCAGCACAUCCCAUCUCUUUCAAAACAAUCAAGCCAAAAGAUUUGAGAGAAACUGCAGUUGCGAAAAGAAAAUGCAAAGUCAACAGGAGCACCAGUAACUUACCACAACUUGUUCGGCCCUUCAAAGACCCACCACAAUGUCUCUUGUCACCACCACCCAAUCCUGAAAGUAAAGCAUGGGAGGAUUUGUUCUUGAAGUUGCCGUUGGAUGUUCGCUGGAUGAUAUACGAUCACAUUCCAGUCGUCCGAACAAGACCGAUACCAAUCAGAUCGCCUCUCUCUUCUGCCUAUAAAAAAGCCAAAGAGCCGUUUACAAAUUCUCACGCUAUUCUCGAAGUCAGCAAGGCGAUUCAUCAUGAUGCUGCUAAGUACUUUUAUUCCCAAACCAAUUUUGUUAUUGGAAGUUGGAGAUGGGAUCAGGAACCGGAACUUGAGCCUUCCCCUGAUGGUAUACAAACUUUUCUUUCUUGGACCCCCAGACAUUAUGUCAAUUGCAUAACUAAACUCACUAUUCUGGCCCGUCUUGUCGUUUACUUUAGAAAAACAGAAUUCGCACACGCCGACCUCAUGUAUUUUGAGGCUAUGACAAUUGCCGCAAAAGAAAGCUUCGUUAAUCUGCGAAUUCUGUCUAUUGUAUUCACUGAGUUUGACGGUGUUUGUGUUCCAGAUUGUCCACUGGACGUUGGAGUUAAGACAGAUGGAUGGCAUAACACUGUAUACUCUUCGUUCAAGACGUUGUUGAAUCAUCAAAGCCUUGAAGAGAUAUACUUGGGGGUGGACUUGAUGGGAAAGCCGGCUCGAUAUAAAAAAAACCCCGCUUGGGACAAAUUGCCAGAUCGUGACGCUUUCAUGUUGAUCAAGGAGAUGGCAAAGUACGCUACAAUGGAGCACGGCUCGUGGAUAUUUUACGGUGAAGAAGACUGGGACAGCCUAUUUUCACAGGAAGAAGACCGUAAAGAUUACUAUUAUGAGCCCGAACUCUGCCCGAUUGCCAGAAAAGUUUGA